CAGCACCUCCACCAAAUUGCACCUACCAACAACACCACAGAGUUUCCACUCAAACCAGAUAGAUCAACACUCAACACCUUCACAAGGAAACAAAACAACCACCAUCAACCAACCCUUUGAGCUUCCACCUCUCAUGGUAGCACUACUUUAUACUCUCUUCCUCUGAGUGUUUCACUACAGAGUUUCUGAUACCAUGGAGGCUCUCAAUGCUGCAGCUUUGACCCCUCUGUCUGUGCUUUCUGAUACAAAGACAACUAGAAAACAACCUCCAGUUUCUUCAUGCAAAGGUUCAAGCUUUUCCACCUUUACCGACAAGAAACCAACGUUGCUGCAAAGUUGCUUAUCAAAAAGUCUUCAUGGAGGAUUGUUUCUUGCAGCUUCAAUUAUGAGUGGUGAUGUUGCCUCAGCUUUGACGUACGAGGAGGCACUGGGGCAAACUUUGAGUCUCCCCGGUACUGGAGACUUCGAUGUGAACGGUUUUGUGGAGAGUGCUACUGGCUUUGCAACUGAGAACCCUGUAAUUGUUGCUGGGGGAGUGGCCAUUCUGGCACUGCCAUUGGUUUUGUCUCAGGUUUUUAAGAAGCCUAAGGCGUGGGGUGUUGAGUCUGCUAAGAAUGCAUAUGCAAAACUUGGGGCUGAUGAGAAUGCUCAGUUGCUUGAUAUCAGAGCUCUAGUGGAGAUUAGGCAAGUGGGGUUCCCAGAUGUUGGGGGUCUGAGGAAGAAGGCAGUGUCGAUUGCUUAUAAGGGUGAUGAUAAGCCAGGGUUCCUUAAGAAGCUUGCAUUGAAGUUUAAGGAACCACAGAAUACCACAUUGUUUAUUCUGGACAAAUUUGAUGGGAACUCUGAACUGGUUGCAGAGUUGGUUACUGUUAAUGGAUUUAAAGCUGCUUAUGCAAUUAAGGAUGGUGCAGAAGGACCGAGAGGAUGGAAGAGUAGUGGUCUUCCUUGGUUAGCACCAAAGAAGACAUUGAGUUUGGAUAAUCUCACGGAUGCUAUAGCUGAAGUAAUUGGAGAUUCAUCUGAUGGUGUUGCAGUUACUCUUGGGAUUGCUGCAGCAGCUGCUGGACUGAGCCUGUUAGCUUUUUCUGAGAUAGAAUCAAUUCUCCAAGUUGUAGGAUCAGCUGCACUUGUUCAAUUUGCAAGCAAGAAGCUUUUAUUUGCUGAGGUAAGUAUGUUUUUCAAAGCAGAAUGCAAUUGUUUUCCCUCUGUUUUUUGCAUAUCUGUGCUUCAACUUUGUAAAUCCUCCUUCUAAUGACCUUAUUGUGACGUUAUAUCAAAUAUCAACAUCAGAUAUUUCCCUUCAAGGAAUGAGGCUUUUUUCUAAUGACAUCGUCAAAAUGUGAGAAUUUAAACAGGGUAAAUAAGUAAAAGAAAUAAUCAUCAUUAUAAGGCCUUGGUUCUCCCAACACUGUUAUAAUCUCAAUUAUAAUAGUAUUAUGUUUGUAACAGUUAGGUUCUUCCAACGUUGUUAUCGUAUUUGUGUUACUCUGGAGUCAGGACUCCUAUGUUCAAAAUCCAAUUUUGAAGAACAUUUUCCCUCUUAUCUGCAUUGGUUUUGAGAACUGUUACUAGAGCAUGCAAAGCUGUAGAAUGUAGCAUUGUUCUUUUGGGUAAUUUUCUGUUCACAUAACAUUGCUGUAUACUAUGAAUUUCCACUAAAGUGGAUAAUGAUGAUCAAAGAGAAUUAGAAUAUAAAACAAAAUACAAUUUUCUUCCUUGAUGAUGCUUAAAUUACACUGCCUUCCCCUCUUAUCUAAAUAAUUGAAUCCAUUUUCCUUAAGAGAUCAAUGUGGCAGUUUUUUAGUUUCUCUAAUGAAAACUAGUCUAUCAAUGAUGUUGAGAUGAGCAAAAGAAAUUAAUGAUGGUGAGAAACUAUGAACAAGCUUUUCAGUAUUUUUCUUUUCUAUUUAAGUCACUGAUAACUAAUUCUCAACAUUGUAUUAUCAAUUUUUGGACUUCAACAAAUGCAAUGAUGCUUCACACACUAGUACUAUCAACGCUGAAAUUUCACUCAAAAUCAUUGUUUAUCUUCUGAAGUCAUAGUUCAUAGUAGGAUUUCAAAACUGGUGGCUGAUAAUGUUGAAAGUCACAAGAUGGGGAGAGGAGUAUGAUAUAUACAGUAAUAUAUUAUGAGUAUAGUUGCAUUCAGGAAUUUGUAAAUUCUGGCUUUGGUUGAAAAUUGAGGCUGAACAUUGCAUACCAAUCAAAGAAGUUUCAUUGGUCAUCAUACCCUUCUUUUCUGGUUUCUUGUCAAUUAUAUGGAUAAAAUCUCAAGCUUAUUUUUCUCUCUAUAUUGAUGGCAGGACCGAAAGCAAACCGUGAAACAACUUGAUGAGUUCUUGAACACCAAAGUUGCCCCUAAAGAACUUGUUGAUGAAA